CACGUGGUAUUUAUCAGCAUCAACUCUGACCCGGAAGUACCUCACAGUGUGUUCCCCACGUGUUGAGCUCACACAUCCAACAGCAACAUGGCUUCGUGUAGUGUGGAGGAGCUGUUAGCUAAAGCCGAACAAGAAGACGCAGAGAAACUGAAGAGCAUCUCCGUUCAGAAGGAGCUGGACCUGGACUUUGACAUCGGCAACCUGCUGGCUUCUGACAAAAACCGCAUCGAGUGGAAGAAAGGCGAGAAGAAAGAGGACUUCUUACGGGUGUUAGCUCGGGACAACACGCAGCUUCUCAUCAACGAGAUCUGGAAACGGCCCACUGAGAGAGUCGAGGAGGCGAUAGUGACAAAACUACCUGAACAAACAACACCUUUACCCAGAACCAAGCCAGCACCGAAGCGGAAAGCUCCGACAAAAUGGGAAGAGUUCGCCAAACUGAAGGGCAUCCAGAAGAAGAAGAAGACCAACCUGGUGUGGGAUGAAACAGCCAAAGACUGGAAGAGACGCUGGGGCUACCAAAGAGCCAAAGAUGACACCAAAGAGUGGCUCAUUGAGGUGCCUGUGACUGCAGAUCCAAACGAGGACCAGUUUGCAAAACGUGCAAAAGCAAAGAAGGAAAGAGUGGCCAAGAAUGAGUACAACCGGCUGAAGAACAUCGCCAGAGCUCAGAAGGUCAAAGUGCCAGGUGUUGGGUUGACCCCCAUGGCUCAGCAGAACAAAGAGGACCUCUCCAAAGCUGUGAGUGUGGCCAAAGUCUCCACAGCAUCAGCUGGGAGGUUUCAGGACCGCCUGCCUAAAGAGAAACCACCUAAAAACACAGGCAAGAGGAGGAAGUUUGAGCCACUCAUUGGUGACUUCUCCACUGAGAAGCACAAGCAGCUGGAGUUGUUGAAGCUGAUGGGCGGCAAGGGGCCCAAGCUGGACAUCACCAGGGCUGUGGACAAACAGAUCAGAGAGGAGAACAGAGAGGAGGCUGCAGCCAGGUUCAAGAAGGGAGCAGGGAAGAAAGGACGCAGAUCAAACAUGGGUGGGAAGGGUGGGAAGGGUGGGAAAGGAGGUGGAGGUAAAUUUGGAGGAGGAAAAGGAGGUAAAGCUGGAGGAGGAGGAGGAAAAGGAAAAGCUGGAGGAGGAGGAGGAGGAGGAAGAAGAAGAGAAGGUAAAGCUGGAGGAGAAGGAGGGAAGAGGAGAGGCAAACCUGGGAAGCGUUGAGGAUAAUCUGCUAUAUCUUGUUUGUGCCUUGGCAUCAAAAACAUCAGACUGGACUUGGAAAUUGAUGCAACAUGAAAUGACUCAUCUUAUGAUUUUGUGACUGUGUCUUCUGUUUAAAUUUGUCACCACAUCUGUAAAUUACCAGCAUUCAUGCAUGGAGGUCACCUGAUUUAAUAUGUGUAAUAUUAAUGGUAAAUACUUAUAAUUAAAAUUUAGUAGAUUGUG